UCUCUCUCUCUCUCUCUCUCUCUCUCUACUGUAAUAUGAGAUCGAACCAGCAAGUACUCCUUUCCUUUGAAUGCUCUGUUAGCUUCUCUUCCGGGGGAAUUGGCUUGUACUUUUGAGUAGUGUGCAAGUAUAUCAAUUUUAAUGCAAGAGAACUGUGAGGAGUAUGGGAGAAGUGUACUAGCUUCCAUCUUCCCUCUAGCAUUCAAUUCGGUUUCUAUUCUUGUUUAUGGCUUCACAGGCGAUUCCUGUGGGUUUUGUCUAUUUUAUUUCCGGGGCUAGCUACCUCUUUUUAAAUUGUGCUUCUUUUUUUCCUGCUAUUUUUCUUUCUUUUAGGAGAUGGGUUUUUAUUCUUAGUUAGUAUUUAUUAAAGUGAAAAAAUGAACUGAACCACAGGGGUAGGUGAGCAGGCUAUAAGAGGAGAUGGUAUGUUGGGCUAGUGGUUUCCUCCAUUGAGACUUGAGAGAUAGAGCAACAAAAGGGAUUUUUGUUUCUUUGGUGUUCUCUCUCUCUCUCUCUCUCUCUCUCUCUCUCUCUCUCUCUCUCUCUCUCUCUCUCUCUCUCUCAUAAAAUCAAUCAUCAACGCUAUCAUGGCUUCAUCAAACAAGCACUGGCCUAGCAUGUUUAAGUCCAAACCCUGUAACACCACCACCGCCCACCACCACCAGUGGCAGCAUGACGUCAUCAACCCUUCUUCUUCUCUCUUGUCAUCUGGCUUUCCCCACAGAACCCCUUACGCAGCAGUGCCCGGGUGCGAAGAAAGAACUCCAGAGCCAAAACCGCGGUGGAACCCUAAACCGGAACAAAUCCGGAUCCUGGAAUCCAUAUUCAACUCCGGAAUGGUGAACCCUCCGAGAGACGAGAUAAGGAAAAUCAGAGCCCAACUCCAAGAGUUCGGCCAAGUAGGCGACGCCAACGUCUUCUACUGGUUCCAGAACAGGAAAUCCAGAAGCAAGCACAAGCAGCAACAACGCCAUUUCCAAACCACCACCGGAACCUCCAACAAACAACCACAACAACAACAAAACUCCCCCACCACCACCACCAACUCCGUAACAACCACCACCGCCCCGUCCUCCUCCUCGUCUUCAUCGGACAAAUCUUCCCCGACCAAGUCGGUUAACCAGACCUACUUCCAGAUCAACACCCCGCCCGAGUUCUUGCCGGCCCCGCAACCCUUCUGUUUCCAAACCACGAACAACACUGGUGGUUCCAUUUUCAUGAGUCAAGGAGGGUUUGGAUUCUCCGCGGAGAUGCCUGGUAGUCUUGGAGGACAGGGUGGCGGCGGCAGCGAUGAGAACCAGACGGACGGGAGUUGUUCUGGGAUGUUGCUGAGCGAGUUGAUGAUGAUGAAGAAGGUGGUGGAGGAGGAGAAGUUGAUGAGUUACAACAGUACUGGUACUGCUAAUACAACUACAACUCCUCCUCCUAAUCCCAUUAGUACUUGUGCUACUGGAGCUGUAAAUCAACCAGUUUUUCAUCCUUCCACUACUACUACAGCAGCUGCUGCUGCUGCUGUCAGUGUUCCAUCUAUCAUCAGUCAAAUUCUGGGUGUAGGCGUUGCCGAACAGGCCGCGGAGGUGGGCCCGGCCACUAAAUCGACGGUGUUCAUAAACGACGUGGCGUUUGAGGUGGCCGUGGGGCCCUUCAACGUGCGCGAGGCGUUCGGAGAUGAUGCGGUGCUCGUCCACUCCAGCGGUCACCCUGUGCUCACCAAUGAGUGGGGCGUCACCGUCCAGUCGCUCCACCACGGGGGUUUCUACUACCUGGUGCGCACGUUAACUCCCAUCAGCUCUACUGCUUCAGAAAACACCACUCAUAUGAUAUAGGAAAAGUGUGGAAGUUGAAGAGAUAGGCUAGCUGUGUUUUCCAUCCGGGUUGCUUUGGUUUCAUCUCUCUCUCUCUCUCUCUCUCUCUCUCUCUCUCUCUCUCUCUCUCUCUCUCUCAAUGCAUGUGUUAAUCGAAGAAUCCUCGAAAAUGUUUAGAUUUAUGGACGAGUUAAUGUAUUCCUUUUCAUGUGU